CGGUCCUCUUGCUUGUUGAUGAUUGGCUCGCGGUAACGUCGCUCAAGCGCUGACGUGCGACGCGGCCAACGGUGCCCGGGAAGCAGCUCCGCCCCUCACUGUUGUUUGAUGGCGCUGUACGCGGAGGCAGCGUCCGCUCCGCAGGUCAGAGGUGACUAAUGGAGGCUUUACGACAGUCUUAAAUAAUGUCGGCUUAGCUUGUUGUUAGCCUCGGGGGCUUCUGCUAUGACUAGCUGUUUAUCCUGGUAGGUGUGUGUUGAGGGAGCAGCCAGUGAAGUGGAGCGUGUAGCCUCCAGCUGCACAGCACAGAGAACAUCUUUGUAUUUCUUCACCUGAGUGGCCGGCGGGGAGCCCAUCUUUGACUCUGGAGCAGGACACGGAGGAUAGUGUGGCCAUGACGGGAGGGACUGCAGCUACCCUUCCCAUGAGCAACCACACCCGAGAGAGGGUGACCGUGGCAAAGCUGACACUGGAAAACUUCUACAGCACUCUGCUCACCCAGCACGAGGAGCGGGAGAUGAGGCAGAAAAAGUUGGAGAAGGCAAUGGAAGAUGAAGGUUUACCAGACGAGGAGAAAGUAAUGCGACGCUCUCAGCACGCUCGUAAGGAGACCGAGUUUUUGCGACUGAAGAGGACACGACUAGGCUUGGAUGACUUUGAGUCCCUUAAAGUUAUCGGACGAGGUGCUUUUGGAGAGGUGCGUUUGGUGCAGAAAAAAGACACGGGUCACAUCUACGCCAUGAAGAUUUUGAGGAAAGCAGACAUGCUGGAAAAGGAACAGGUUGCUCAUAUCCGAGCAGAGAGGGAUAUUCUAGUCGAGGCAGACGGUGCCUGGGUGGUCAAGAUGUUCUACAGCUUCCAGGACAAGAGGAACCUCUACCUCAUCAUGGAGUUCCUGCCUGGAGGCGACAUGAUGACCCUGCUGAUGAAGAAGGACACUCUGUCAGAAGAAGCCACGCAGUUCUAUAUCGCAGAGACGGUUUUAGCCAUCGACUCCAUCCACCAGCUUGGCUUCAUCCACAGAGACAUCAAACCUGACAACUUGCUGCUGGACUCCAGGGGACACGUGAAGCUGUCCGAUUUCGGCCUGUGUACGGGCUUGAAAAAAGCUCAUCGCACAGAGUUUUACAGGAACCUGACCCACAACCCACCCAGUGAUUUCUCCUUUCAAAAUAUGAACUCCAAGAGGAAAGCAGAAACCUGGAAGAAGAACCGCAGGCAGCUGGCUUAUUCCACUGUGGGAACGCCGGACUACAUUGCUCCUGAAGUCUUCUUGCAGACGGGAUACAACAAGCUAUGUGACUGGUGGUCUCUGGGUGUCAUCAUGUAUGAAAUGCUCAUUGGUUAUCCACCUUUCUGCUCGGAGACGCCGCAGGAGACGUACAGGAAGGUGAUGAACUGGAAGGAAACGCUCGUCUUCCCACCUGAAGUCCCCAUCUCAGAGAGGGCAAAAGAUUUGAUAUUAAAGUAUUGCACUGAUAAUGAGAACAGGAUUGGAGCUGUGAGUGUGGAAGAGAUCAAGAGUCAUCAGUUCUUUGAGUCAGUGGACUGGGAGCACAUAAGGGAGCGGCCGGCAGCCAUAUCUAUUGAAAUCAAGAGCAUUGAUGAUACCUCCAACUUCGAUGAAUUCCCUGAAUCAGACAUCCUUCAGCCAGCCAAUUCGACGGAGCCAGACUUCAAGUCCAAGGACUGGGUGUUCCUCAACUACACGUACAAGCGCUUCGAGGGUCUGACUCAGCGAGGCACCAUCCCCACGUACAUGAAGGCAGGGAAGGCUUGAUGUGCUCAAACAGGGAGACGCCGUUGUGGAGGAAAUAAAAACAAAAAACAAAAACAGACGUUUACGGACACAGGGUCGGGCCCUGGAGCCCCGCUGGUGCUGAAGGCUGCACUGACAGCCUCUCAGUCAAUAAAUUUAACCAUCACAAUAAUUUUUGGUCUGCUCAGCCACCGCAAGGACUCCCAAAAGCAUUACCGCAUUACCUCGGUUGUUUAUACUGUAUACCUGUGCUGUCUAUAGCCAUAGCUCUCAGGCCACCUCACUAACUAGGACACUAAAUCAGCAUAUCUGCAUGUUCAGCAGCACAUUGCUUCUGGAGAGAUUAGGAGUGAGGCUUGGAUACAAAUCACUGCUUCGACAUCUUUGCGUCGACAGGUCUCAGCACUGACGGCUAAAUUGGCUCUGAUGCAGAGAACUACUAAAGAAAUACUGAGAACAUGCUCUAUACACUGUAGUCAAACUGUGGAUUAUUGAUAACAACAGAACCCCUCACUCGUCCUCACCCUAACUCUGUUCACGGAAGGUUCCAGCAUGAUUCCUGGUGUUUUUAUUCCUGCUUCAGUUCACAAAAGCUUUAGGUGUGAAAACCUCCCACUGAAGUUUCUUUUUACCACAGAGAGAUAUCUUGCUUUGCUUUACCUGGUGGCUUAACUAGUGCUACUAGCCCAAUGGGCUGUUAGAGGGUUAAGACUUGGUUUUAGGGUUAGAAUUAAGUUAGGAAUAGGGGACACUUAAUAUAUAGAGGAGUACAAGCAGCCAGGUGUCAUUUUUAUGUAUGUUUAUAUUAUGGCCUAUGAAGAUAUUCCAAUGAAUUGGAAGGUUAUCAGUGAUGAAAUUUGAGGCUUCUUAAACCGGUCUCAACCCCUGGUCUGCAAGGCUGCUGCUCUACUAACUGAGCUGAAGAGAACAGAAGGUAGUGGGGGUUGGCUACUAAAGAAAAAAAUGAGGUAUGUAGAGAAUUCCAGGAUAAAACAUUCAUAUUAUACUUAGAUAUAAGACUGUCCACAAUGUACAAUGCCAGAGCUGGGAUUAGAGCCACAGACUCUUAUGUUGCAAGCCUGGUGCUGUAUGAACCGAGCUGAUCAGGCUGUCUGAGGACAGUGGUGAACGGUGAGGAAAAAGAAGGUUGGGGCAAGAUUUCACAAUUUCACUUGGUUAGGUUAGAGGUAAGGUUUUGCUUCUGUCCACAAUGAAUGGAAAUCAAUGCAAAGUCCUGAUGAGGAUCGCUGCUCAAACCUCUGUGUUUGCGUCAUUAUUGCAGGUCCUAGAGACACCCUUUUUAACAGGAAUCAUCACUGAGCUGGUUUGGCAGCUGUUUGCACGUGUGUCUCUUCUGUGGACAGGUUUCGUUACCAUGACUAAGCAAGUUAUAAAACCUCACACGUGUGUGGUUCAGAUCAAAAGGCAGAGUCGGAACAUGGGUGUGGUCCUACACAUGUGAGGGGCGUUCUCGUGAUAUAAUGCAGUAAUGACGACAGCUCAGAACGUCAGCAUGUUGACAUGUGUGGCGGCUGGUGUGACCACAUAACACAAUGUCUCUAGUUGGGUUUUAUAAAAGGAGUAAUAAUACAUGAAAAGUUACUGAGGGUUUUUUCAUAUGUACAAGUUCUUAUUAAGUAUUAUUGUUAUGGUUUCGUCUGUUAGUUAGUCUGUCUGUGUACGUUAGCAGGACUACGCAAAAAUGGCUGAAUUACCACAGAACUUGAAGGAUUUUUUUUCCAUUUUCCUCCACAUUGUGAGAUAGGGCGCUGUGCAACAGUUUCUCACAGAAUACUUCAUGGAUCCUGAUGGGAAAAAGUCAGGCACAUUUAGGGAACUGAUAUUUCUGAUAUAGUGCCACUUAUUCACAGUAAUGGAUGAGGUUGAAUUUAAAGCUUCUGUGCUGUUACUAACUGAAAACAUUUUAAAAAAGACUCGAAAGGCUAUAUGAUAUAAAACAAACAAGUGAAAACUCAAAUCAUGCUGGAAUCCUCCUGUAACCCUCGCGGUGGUGACACAACUCCUGUGCUACUGCUUUUCUCACAGAGGAACAACUUGUUGCCAAGAAAAUAUCUGAAUGCAGUUUACCCUCUGCUCGACAUCCGUUCCUGUUAAGGGUUGACCCUGACACGGUGCCAAGCAAACUGCGCUGUGUGCCACUUCCCUUCAGGGCCCAUUCGUUUGUUCAGAUUAGUGCGACAGUGAAAAAUAUUUCCCCUGAUUUUGAUUCCAAUCAGUCCGACAGCCAGUCUGCUCCGUAGAUGGACAAAACAUGCAAAGUGCCUUUAGAUAUUUCACCAGAUCUUUUAGAGGUUUUAUCAGAAAUUAAUCAGAAGGACGUUAAUUACAAUUAAGAAUUAGUUAUAAAGGUUAAUGAGGGAGAGAAAUAUGAGGAAGAAAAUAGAAACACAGGGAAUUUAUUUUCUCAAUGUGCUCAUUCAGCUUUUUAAAUGUGCGUUGUGAGAAAAGAUUAUUUGUCUCUGAGGACACAUAAAUGUCUGAUGCGUCAAUCAUUAAAUCAUGUCCUCAUAGUGAUAAAACAAAGGCAGUCCAGGAAAAGCUUGGUUUUAUGGGUUAGAUAGGGGAUCGUAAAAAUCUAUUGCCUCAAAGCAAACAUGCUGAACUAAGUGUCUUUGUUUGGCAAGUGAGGAGAAAUUAAAUAAGAACAGAUUAAUGUCAUGGACACAAGUAUGUUUUUUGUUUUCGUUGAGGUUUAAUUUUCUUAGUUGAUACUGAAUUAAGUUUCCAUUUGCUGUAUUUAAUGUGUUUCUUUCCCUUAGAAAAAGCCUCAAUAACAUCAAAUGCAAGGCCUCGCUUUGUCGACGAAAACAAAUCUUCAUCACGUCUGCUCCGAGUUGGCACGAGACACCCCGCUUAAAAGUAGUAACCAAAGAACUGUGAUCGCCACACGUCGUGAUCUGAACACACGUGUUCAGAUGUAGCUGUCGCUUACUGCACUCAACUUCAAACUACCUUUAAAGAAAAACAAGAAAAAAAAUCACCUUUUUCCAAGAGGCCUAACCUUGGGUCGUGGAAUAAUUUGCCAUUUUGGUUCCGACACUUGUCAGAAAGUGAGCGUGCGGAGACGGACGUUCCUUAGUUACAUCUGUUCAGUGUCUAGAAAAGCUAUAAAUGUACACGCAGGGACAGGAAGUACGCUGAAGACUUAACCAGGUUGAACCAAGCUGUAGCCAUCACAAGAAUCCCACAUAAACAGUGUGGUACAGUUUCAGAGGAAUAGAACUAAGGAAGUGGAUCAGUUGGAAAUAUAAGAGUUGUUAUUAUAUUACACCUGCACCAGCCUCUGUCUUUUUAUAUUUGAAUCUGUUUAACCUUAGCUCAUCCAGGAAGUCCUCAUGGGAACCUGUUAGCUAGGAAUGCACCAACAAAACUGACCAGGAGCAUUUUAAUUAUGGUCGACUGAAGGCAGAUACAUGUAUAUUUGUGCAUUAUUUAUUAUUUUUCAGGAGAUUUUGUGCUAACAUUCAGUGUAUUUAAAUUUGUUGAUGGUCAUGUUUGGAUUCUCGAGGAUUUAAAGGGGUACUGCAACAAUUUCGACAUUUUACAAAGUUAAAAAAGAUCAGAUAAUACUGCAAAUAAUAAAAUAAUAAUAAUCAGAAUUGAUGCAGCAGAGGCCAAGGUAUCCCAUGAUCCCACUUCUGUUGCUUUAAUCCUCUAUAACUACAAAAUGUGUCCUCGAAACUCCAGUAAUACUUCCUAUGGGAAGUAAAGUGAUAUUAAUUUAUAAAAAAGAGUGCCCCUUUAAUUACUGACAGAAAAGUACAUUGAAGCAAUCUGGAUCAUGUCAGAUUCACUUGUAUUAUCCCAUUAAAACAAUCCAAACAUGUGGGUUCAACUCAAACAGAAAUGUCAUGAAAGCUGAAAGCAGCACAGCAGCAGGGACUGAUGCACAAUGGGGGAUUUUGCUGAUGGCUACCGCUGCAGAUUUCCCGGCUGUGUCUAAUCACUGGAACAUACAGACACUACCUUGAAAAAAGGCCAAACCGCUGCAUCCAGAUACAUCUCGUCUCACAGCUGAGAUGGUCCGUGAAAAACCAAUGUGGGUGUGGGGGUGUGAUUGUGUGAAGAAGCUAUAGUGACGGAAAAGGACAUUUUCAUGAAGUAGUAGAAUAAUCAGUGAUUUCUGUUGUUGGGAGGUGACACGUCACCUUGUUGUGACUCUUCUGUGCUGCAAUAGAGACAUGACUACACUUUUAUUUUCAUCACAAGAACGUGCACAGAAAAACAAGUAAGAGGAGGAAAUACCGUAUUUGGGAUCCACACAAUUCUAUGUAUAUAUAAGAGAACUUGAAUUCCGUUGCUGUGCCACUUUAUCUGAGAGGAGCUAAAUUAUGGUGAGAAAUAGGGAUUUAGAGAAUUUUGUUACUGAGUUAAGCCAGAUAACUAUUUUUCUGAACAGCCAAACAUAACAACAUCACACAAUCUGUCACGACUGGAUGUUUAGGGAACAUAUUUUCCCAACUCAGAUUAAGGAAAAUGUACAUAUCCAAGAAUAAAAGCCAGUGACACAAAAUAAUAAAACGUACCUGCGGAUCAGAGGCUCAUUCACAUCUAGCAUCUAGGUUUAAAUUCAAGUAGUCUACUUCUCUGCCUCGGAAACCCCAGAGCGCAGCCACUAAGCU